AUGGCAGGGAAAGUAAAGACAUUUCACGCGAACAUGGUGAGGAAAUACAUGGAACGAGAAAAAAAGAUGGAAGCUCAGAGUGUCGAGGAGAGUCAAAACCCACAAGGGGUGUUGUCAUGUGUGUCAAUGUCCGUGAUCGAGGAAACAUAUGAGGACAGUCAGGACGGUCUCAUGGACAUCGCUGACUCUAGCCCAUUGGUAUUACCACACUUGGAGGCGACUGAGACUAUCCGAGAUUGUCAAGUGUCGGAAACACUAGAACUAGGAUUUCGCAACAAUAGCAGUACCCCUCACAGAUCUGACCAAAAAAGGAAUGUUUGGAAGCAGCACCAGAUAGACUUGGCAUCAGGAGAAAGCACUUACCCAAGGGAGACAAAGAUAGAAGUUACUGACCCAAGGGAGGCAAGAAUAGGAGAAAUUACUGACCCAAGGGAGGCAAGCAUAGGAGAAAUUACUGACCAAAGGGAGACAAGAAUAGGAGAAGUUACUGACCCAAGGGAGGCAAGCAUAGGAGAAGUUACUGACCACAGGGAGACAAGAAUAGGAGAAAUUACUGACCCAAGGGAGGCAAGCAUAGGAGAAAUUACUGACCAAAGGGAGACAAGAAUAGGAGAAAUUACUGACCCAAGGGAGGCAAGCAUAGGAGAAAUUACUGACCCAAGGGAGGCAAGCAUAGAAGUUACUGACCAAAGAGAGACAAGCAUAGGAGAAGUUACUCACCCAAGGGAGCAAAGCAUAGGAGAAGCUACUGACCAAAGGGAGACAAGAAUAGGAGAAGUUACUGACCCAAGGGAGGCAAGCAUAGGAGAAAUUACUGACCAAAGGGAGACAAGAAUAGGAGAAAUUACUGACCCAAGGGAGGCAAGCAUAGGAGAAAUUACUGACCCAAGGGAGGCAAGCAUAGAAGUUACUGACCAAAGAGAGACAAGCAUAGGAGAAGUUACUCACCCAAGGGAGCCAAGCAUAGGAGAAGCUACUGACCAAAGGGAGACAAGAAUAGGAGAAGUUACUGACCCAAGGGAGGCAAGCAUAGGAGAAGUUACUGACCCAAGGGAGGCAAGCAUAGGAGAAGUUACUGACCAAAGGGAGACAAGAAUAGGAGAAAUUACUGACCCAAGGGAGGCAAGCAUAGGAGAAAUUACUGACCCAAGGGAGGCAAGCAUAGAAGUUACUGACCAAAGAGAGACAAGCAUAGGAGAAGUUACUCACCCAAGGGAGCCAAGCAUAGGAGAAGCUACUGACCAAAGGGAGACAAGAAUAGGAGAAGUUACUGACCCAAGGGAGGCAAGCAUAGGAGAAGUUACUGACCCAAGGGAGGCAAGCAUAGGAGAAGUUACUGACCAAAGGGAGACAAGAAUAGGAGAAAUUACUGACCCAAGGGAGACAAGAAUAGGAGAAGUUACUGACCCAAGGGAGGCAAGCAUAGGAGAAGUUACUGACCCAAGGGAGGCAAGCAUAGGAGAAGUUACUGACCAAAGGGAGACAAAAAUAGGAGAAAUUACUGACCCAAGGGAGGCAAGCAUAGGAGAAAUUACUGACCCAAGGGAGGCAAGCAUAGAAGUUACUGACCAAAGAGAGACAAGCAUAGGAGAAGUUACUCACCCAAGGGAGCCAAGCAUAGGAGAAGCUACUGACCAAAGGGAGACAAGAAUAGGAGAAGUUACUGACCCAAGGGAGGCAAGCAUAGGAGAAGUUACUGACCCAAGGGAGGCAAGCAUAGGAGAAGUUACUGACCAAAGGGAGACAAGAAUAGGAGAAAUUACUGACCCAAGGGAGGCAAGCAUAGAAGCUACUGACCAAAAGGAAAUAAACAUAGAAGUUACUGACCAAAGAGAGACAAGCAUAGGAGAAGUUACUCACCCAAGGGAGCCAAGCAUAGGAGAAGCUACUGACCAAAGGGAGACAAGAAUAGGAGAAGUUACUGACCCAAGGGAGGCAAGCAUAGGAGAAGCUACUGACCAAAGGGAGACAAGAAUAGGAGAAGUUACUGACCCAAGGGAGGCAAGCAUAGGAGAAGCUACUGACCAAAGGGAGACAAGAAUAGGAGAAGCUACUGACCAAAGGGAGACAAGAAUAGGAGAAGUUACUGACCCAAGGGAGGCAAGCAUAGGAGAAGUUACUGACCAAAGGGAGACAAGAAUAGGAGAAGUUACUGACCCAAGGGAGGCAAGCAUAGGAGAAGUUACUGACCCAAGGGAGGCAAGCAUAGGAGAAGUUACUGACCAAAGGGAGACAAGAAUAGGAGAAAUUACUGACCCAAGGGAGGCAAGCAUAGAAGCUACUGACCAAAAGGAAAUAAACAUAGAAGUUACUGACCAAAGAGAGACAAGCAUAGGAGAAGUUACUCACCCAAGGGAGCCAAGCAUAGGAGAAGCUACUGACCAAAGGGAGACAAGAAUAGGAGAAGUUACUGACCCAAGGGAGGCAAGCAUAGGAGAAGCUACUGACCAAAGGGAGACAAGAAUAGGAGAAGUUACUGACCCCAGGGAGGCAAGCAUAGGAGAAGCAACUGACCAAAGGGAGACAAGAAUAGGAGAAGCUACUGACCAAAGGGAGACAAGAAUAGGAGAAGUUACUCACCCAAGGGAGCCAAGCAUAGGAGAAGCUACUGACCAAAGGGAGACAAGAAUAGGAGAAGUUACUGACCCAAGGGAGGCAAGCAUAGGAGAAGCUACUGAUGCAACGGAGUCAAACAUAGGAGAAUGCUCAGAAAAUCAAGAUGCCUCACAUUUGGCUACAGUGGAUACCAGAUUUAAAUCAGCUGCCAAAAUAUCAUACGAGCAAUUAGAAGAAAAGAGUAUCUUUGAGGACAAAACAUCAAAAUGUGAUGUUGGCGAAAAAGAAAGGUACAAUGCAGAAAAGCAGAAACGUAGUAGCCGCAAUAAAAGAGAUGGAGAAAAAUAUUACCAGUGUGAUGUUUGUGGUAAAGGUUUCAACAUUAAGUCAUUGUUAUUGAGGCAUUACCUGCUGCAUAAAAAGGCAAAGUUAUGUAAUUGUGAUGUGUGUGGAAAAGGUUUCAACAUUAAGUCAUUGUUCGUUAGGCAUUCCCUGCUGCAUAAAAAAGCAAAACCAUUCAAAUGUGAUGUUUGUGGUAAAGGGUUCUGUUAUAUGUCAUCUGUGAAGAGACACCUUCGUGUCCACACCGGAGAAAGACCGUACAAAUGCGAUGUUUGUGGUAAAGGGUUCUGUUAUAUGUCAUCUGUGAGGAGACACCUUCGUGUCCACACCGGAGAAAGACCGUACAAAUGCGAUGUUUGUGGUAAAGGGUUCUGUUAUAUGUCAUCUGUGAAGAGACACCUUCGUGUCCAUACCGGAGAAAGACCGUACAAAUGCGAUGUUUGUGGUAAGGGGUUCAACGACCAGCAUAAUUUGAAGACACACGUUCGUAUUCAUACAGGAGAAAAACCAUACAAAUGUGAUGUUUGUGGUAAGGGGUUCAGUUUCAAAUCUCAUGUAAGGCGACACCUUCUUGGCCAUAAAGAAAAAAAAUCGUACAAAUGUGAUGUCUUUUACAAGGGGUUCAAUAAGCAGUCUGUUUUUAAGGCACACAUUCGUGUUCAUACCGGAGAAAGACCGUACAAAUGUGAUGUUUGUGGUAAGGGGUUCAGUGUAAAGUCUUCAGUAAAGAGACACCUAUCUGUUCAUACAGGAGAAAAAGCUUACAAAUGUGAUGUUUGUGGUAAGGGGUUCAACUUCAAGUGUAAUUUGAAGACACACGUUCGUAUCCAUACAGGAGAAAAACCGUACAGAUGUGAUGUUUGUGGAAAGUUGUUCAGUAGAAAGUCUAAUGUGAGGACACACCACUUUCGUGUCCAUACAGGAAAAAAAACGUACAAAUGUGAUGUUUGUCAUAAGCGGUUCAGUAAGCAGACUCAUUUGAAUGCACAUAUUCGUGCUCAUACAGGAGAAAAAGCGUACAAAUGUGAUGUUUGUGGUAAGGGGUUCAGUAGCAUGUAUCAUAAGAGGAGACACAUUCGUGUCCAUACAGGAGAAAAACCGUAAAAAUGUGAUGUUUAUGGUAAGGGGUUCAUUGAGAAGUCUCAAGCAAAGAGACACCUUCGUGUCCAUACAGGAGAAAAACCGUACAAAUGUGAUGUUUGUUAUGAAUGGCUCAGUGCGAAGAGACUUAGAAGAGAAAAUCCUUACAAAUGUAAUUAUUGUGAUAAGGUGUUCAGUAAGUAGUCUAAUAUCAAGGCACACUGUCGUGUGAAGGCAAACAUUCAUCCACAACACAUGGAUGACUCACUACCCUAGAUAUUGUCCCUAUUACAUAGAUCGAUAAUGAUUGAUUGUUUCCCCUUAUCUAGGUCAAAAAUGUCUCGUUACCCUAGAUGCCCCCCUAAUAGAUGUCCACAACACAUGAUUGGCUCGCUACCCUAGAUGUCAUUCCCCUUAUAGAUGUCCACAACACAUGAUUGGCUCGCUACCCUUGAUGUCAUUCCCGUUAUAGAUGUCCACAACACAUGAUUGGCUCGCUACCCUAGAUGUCAUUCCCCGUAUAGAUGUCCACAACACAUGAUUGUCUCGCCACCUUAUUGAUGUCCAUUACACAUAAUUGGUUCGCUACCCUAGAUGUCAUCCCCAUUAUAGAUGUCCAAUACACAUGAUUGGCUUGCUACCCUAGAUGUCACCCCCCUUAUAGAUGUCCACAACACAUGACGGCUUGCUACCCUAGAUGUCAUCCCCAUUAUAGAUGUCCACAACACAUGACGGCUCGCUACCCUAGAUGUCGUCCCCUUAUAGAUGUCCACUACACAUGAUUGGCUCGCUACCCUAGAUGUCACCCCCAUUAUAGAUGUCCACUAUACAUGAUUGGGUCGCUACCCUAGAUGUCACCCCCCUUAUAGAUGUCCACAACACAUGACGACUUGCUACCCUAGAUGUCAUCCCCAUUAUAUAUGUCCACAACACAUGACGGCUCGCUACCCUAGAUGUCAUCCCCUUAUAGAUGUCCACAAUACAUGAUGGCUCGCCACCAUAGAUGUCAACCCCAUUAUAGAUGUCCAUUACACAUAAUUGGUUCGCUACCCUAGAUGUCAUCCCCAUUAUAGAUGUCCACAAUACAUGAUUGGCUCGCUACCCUAGAUGUCAUCCCCAUUAUAGAUGUCCACAACACAUGAUUGGCUCGCUACCCUAGAUGUCAUCCCCCUUAUAGAUGUCCACAAUACAUGAUGGCUCCCCACCAUAGAUGUCAACCCCAUUAUAGAUGUCCACAACACAUAAUUGGCUCGCUACCCUAGAUGUCAACCCCAUUAUAGAUGUCCACAACACAUAAUUGGCUCGCUACCCUAGAUGUCAUCCCCCUUAUAGAUGUCCACAAUACAUGAUGGCUCCCCACCAUAGAUGUCAUCCCCUUAUAGAUGUCCACAAUACAUGAUUGGCUCGCUACCUUAGAUGUCAUCCCAUUAUAGAUGUCCACUACACAUAAUUGGUUUGCUACCCUAGAUGUUAUCUCCAUUAUAGAUGUCCACAAUACAUGAUUGGCUAGCUACCCUAGAGGUCAUCCCCCUUAUGGAAAAAAAAUUACCUACAAUAUGUCUGGAAAGCGGGGAGUAGUAAUUCCAUUAAUUUGCUUGUUUUUAUUCUGAUGUUAAUAAAAUAUUAUAAGAACAUCA